AUGGACGCAACUCAGCAGCGCCAUACCCCGAGCUCCAUCUCGGAACAGGAGCUCUUCUUUCCCUCGAGCUCCCAAACUCACGGACAGGGACAGCAUGAACACGAUCAGCAAGCUCAGAACCGCUGGUACGAUGACCUCAACAAUGAGUCACCCACCGUCCCAACAGGCAGCGGAGUCCCUGCCGUGAACAUUAUACCCGCCACGCCCACGACCUAUCGCUCCAAUAGUGUGCGGUCGCAGUGGUCUUAUAAGGACCCCAACAGGCAAAGACACGCGGCGGACGCGGUUCCGGAGGAGGAGGAGGAGGAGGAUAACAUUUACGACCCCCCAAAUAACCCUCCCGACGACAUCUACGAUCCUCCCAGCACCAAAAGCCCGUCACCACCGCCAGCCGAUCACAAGGCGGCAGUCGAUGAAAUGUCGUCCUCAUCGCAUCCUCAGCAUCAACCAGCGCCAGAACCCAAUCAUCACGUCUCUCCUGUCUCCGAAGCUUCAGUACCGCACCAUGAUGCUUCGCACGGGUAUCCUCAGCCCAAUGGACAACCUACGUCAGAAGACAAGGGAAAGGCGCCGGAGCAUGUCGCGCAGCACAACAUCGGAUUUGAACAUGACGAGCCCAAUGGAUAUCGAGCCUCAGAGGACAAGGGCAAAUCGCCUGAACAUCCAGUAGUAGCAGCAGCCGAAGAGCGUCCGCCGCUUCCAGGCCCAAGACCAUCACAGCCAGAAGUAGCCGACUACUACGCUCAGGCGCACGCAUCCGACCCGUCCAUCCAGGAACAGGAGGACCGCGACUACGCGAUGGCCUUGGCACUCCAGGAGGAAGAGGAGGGCCAGCGACCGGCCUUGCCGCAGCGCCCGUCACAAGGUUCCUCCGGAUGGAACCAGAGCGCUCCUCACCCCGUUCAGCCAAUGUCCCCCGAGGACGAAGACCGCGCCCUCGCCAUGCGCCUGCAACAGGAGGAAGAAGGCGGCGGACCGGCCCCUCCCCUGCCGGCCCGACCUCAUCCGGACGCCGUGGCGGCGAUGCUUGCCCAGCAACAGUACCAGCAGGAACCGAAACCGUUCACCAGGACGCCGUCAACGGAAGGUUUCAUGGCGCCGCCGAAGCGUGUGGGCUCGGAUUUCGGCGCCGAUGAUCCCAAUAACCCGAUCCACUACUCGCGAGACCCCCACAAGCUCAUCGCGUACCUGGUGCCCUUCCCGAAGCCGUGGUUGGGGGCCAGGGCGCCGGCGGAGAACAUGCCCACCCGCUUCCUGGUCUACACGCCUCCGCCCCCUCCGCUCCAGGCGCCGCCGGAGGGCGUAAAGGAGGGCGUCACGCAUAAGGUGCAGCGCAAGUGGCAGAACGAGGUCCGGCAGGCUAAGCAGAGCGACGCGAAGACGACGAGCUGGGCUGGGUUUAAGGCCAAGUGCACUCGCGGGGUCGACAAGGCCAUGCAGUACACCACCACCAGCAACCUGGACUUCCUCGCUCGUGUGACACCCCCGCCAUCUCAGUCUACCACUUCCAACCUUGCCCGGAAACUCUCGAUCAAGGGUAAGGGGAAGAAGAAGAAGGACGAUGACGUCAAGGGCAAGGACAGCGUGGAUGUAGACGAGAAGGCCGAGGAGAGCAAAGCGCAUGACGCAGACACGAAGGUGGCGGACGAGAAGGCGAGGGAGGCCGGUGUGGUAGACGAGAAAGCCCGUGAGGCGGGCUACAGCCACGACGAGAAGGCGAGGGAAGAGAACCCGUUUGAGGAGAAGUUCAGCGAGGAGAAGGCCCGCGACGAGAAAGGUGGCAAGUCCCUCGACGAAGCCAGGGAGAAGGAGGAUCAUGAAGAGGUUCAAGACGACGACCCGGCGCACGGGUCCCACGAGACCAAGAAGACGGUCGGCGUCGAGGAGAUCGUCUUCGUGUACGCGCCGUCCAUGAACAUGACUCCCGAGGCGAUGCGCGAAGAGUUCGUCAACACGAUGCUCCGCACCAAGUCCAAGGCGCAACGGGACGCCAUCAUCGCCACCGGCCUCCUCCCCGUCUCGCUGGCGAUCGACCUCGUCAUGAUUGCCAUCAGCGGGCUCUUUGAAGUCAACGCUGUCUGGGCGUACAUGACCAUCAAGGGCACCAAGACGGCCCGCUCCGUGACGAAGCGCAUCGCGUCGUCGUCCAAGAAGCCCGAGACCAUCGACCCGGAAAAGUCCGAAAAGGAGAUGGAGAAGGAGGACAAGCUCAAGCUCACCUUCAAGCCGGCGCACCGCAUCGACGUGCUCUCCCGCUACCUGCAGGCCGAAUGCCACCGCGUCGACUCGAGGUUGUUCCCGCGGUACACCUCGGCGCCUACUGAAAUCGACUGCUUGGAGGCCAUCGGCUGGUCGCCGGCGCACACGCGCGGACAGCAGAAUUGGGAGGACGAGGCGUGGGAGGUCAACGAUGUCAAGGACGACUUGAAGGUUGUGAUGCACAAGGGGGCGAAGGAGUGGAAGAAGUGGUGCAACCGGUAUGAGAAGAACCCGGAGAAGAGUAUGACAAAGUAA